AUGUCUCCAGCUACCACCAAUCCCCAGAAAAAUGCUGAAGUCCCAAGUGAUCAGUUUCUUCUCACAGAUAUAAACAAUGUUCCUGACUUAUCAACAGUCAGUUCCGAGCAAGCCAUGUCUUAUUUGAAUCAGUCACUCGAAAAUCUCAUUUUGGUUUACCAGUCUACCGCUACCAUACGCAGCUAUUCCGACGACUUCAAUGCUUCUUCGCUUAGCUCCGAAGUCAACUCAUCUUCCCCUUCUGCGCCUUCCUCUAUUUUGGCUUCUCCUCCUUCUUUCGAUACAAAUAAUAAUGACAAAAAUUCUAUCGAGCCAUGCUCAUCGCCAAAAUCAUCAUCUUACUUAACAACUAACGACAAAUCAGUUUCUCCAUGUACAGAAUCAGAAGCAGAGUCUGUUCUUUCCGAACAAUCUCCAGGAGCAAAAGCGGCCUCUUCUUCAUCCUCAUCAUCUUCCUCAUCCUCCUCAUCGUUGGCUAGUGCAUCCGGUGCCCCUAAAUCCCAAGGCGAUAGUAACACAAAUGAAAGUACCAGGUCAAAUUCAAACUCAAACGCCACUAUAACGCCCCCACAUUUAAUAUCGACCUCUGACUUAGCAAAGCCAUCUUCUUCAGACCCAACAUCCAUAUUAGAGGAGGCUGCUGUUGUUGCAGCAGUUCUUAUUGAGGGAACUGAACACCGAAGGCGUUCUCAUGGUCGUUUAGCUCCAGCAGAUACUCGCAUAGUCGCACAAAUACGCGAAUUUUCUAAAUCUAUUGAGGAAGAAAGUAUUAGUGAUGGUAAUGAAAAAGAUGAUCAACUCCCCAGCGACAAUAAUAAUUCUAAUCAAAAUAAUUCUACCCAAGAUGCAGAUAAUAAUAAGUCUGAUAUCAAUAACAGUCAAAAUAAUACCAACACUGUAAAUAAUAAUACCAAGUUAAAUGAAAAUAACAAUAACAAAUCCCAUAAAUCCGCACCUACAUCACCAAGUUCGGUCUAUUCUCGUUCUGCAGUUUCUAAAAAGGAAAUGGAACAAAGAGGACAAAUUAUUAAACGAUUUUGGUCUCGCAAACCACCGGAGAUUUCUAUUUGGAAAUAUCUUCAGCGUAUUCAUAGGCUGGCUCCUCUUUCGACAUCUGUUUACCUUAGUGCAAGUCUGUACAUUUACCGUCUUUGUAUUGAGCUUCAAACCAUUCUUCUUACACCGCUUUCUGUCCAUCGCAUUUUACUUGCUAGUUUACGUAUUGCAUGCAAAACCAUCGAAGACAUUAAUUACAAACAAAAACGAUUUGCAAUGGUUGGUGGCGUUGUUCCCGCAGAUUUGUAUAGACUAGAAAUUGCCUUUUUGUACCUGAUUGAUUUUGACGUUUGUAUUAACUCUCAGGUUUUGCAAGAACAUAUGGUGAUGCUUACAGAGCUACAUAUUCAAGCUGACAGACACCGUCAGUUGCUAAGCAAAAAGCGACCUAGAUCGGCGGACCCUAUCCCAAGACAUGAUCUUUAA